AAUUUGCGCAUGCUUUAGAUGAUACGCACCCCCCCCUCUUUACAUAAACCGACAAAACCAACUUCCCAAACCAAACUUCACUCAACUCACUCACUCACCUUUUAGUCCUUCCUUCAAAGUUUCAAUCAAUCUCAGCCAUUUUUAGCUACAUUUUCUCCUUUCACAAACCUCAACUAUUUUGUUUUCUUCAUAGUUCAUAUACUUGUCACUCACACUACAAAGAACCUACGUCACAAAACAAACCACCGUUUACACGAAAAGCUAAUUAAUAUGGUUACAACAGAACUCUCACACUCUCAUUUUUCUUCCAUCAUGGCAAAACCCAUUCCCAGAAACAAAUCUUCUUCUAUAUUUCUCUCUGAUGGCUUCCUCUUCCUUGGAGGAGCAUUUUCAGCUCUUCUACUUGUUUGGGGUUUCUCUUCCUUCACAAACCCCAUCCCAAACGACAACCUCACUUUAAAAUCUCACAAAAACAACGUUGUUUCAUACUCAACACCUGAUCUACGCUUUGAUCCACCAGACCAAACAUUCUACGAUGAUCCUGAAAUGGAGUAUACCAUGUCCGUUAAAUUAGAAGACUGGGACGAGAAGCGUGAGGAGUGGCUAAAACAUCAUCCAUCUUUCUCUGCCGGAGCAAAGGAGAGAGUUUUGAUGGUCACUGGAUCACAACCUUCUCCGUGCAAGAACCCAAUAGGUGACCAUUUGUUGUUAAGAUUCUUCAAAAACAAAGUGGAUUACUCUCGUAUUCAUGGUUAUGACAUCUUCUACAACAACGCUCUUUUGCAUCCUAAGAUGUUUGCUUAUUGGGCUAAGUACCCUGUUGUGAAAGCUGCAAUGAUGGCACACCCAGAAGCAGAGUGGAUCUGGUGGGUUGAUUCAGAUGCAUUGUUCACAGACAUGGAUUUCAAGCUUCCUCUCAAACGUUACAAGGAUCAUAACCUUGUUGUUCAUGGCUGGCCUCACUUGAUCCAUGAGAAACGGAGCUGGACCGGGUUAAACGCUGGUGUGUUUUUGAUCAGGAACUGUCAAUGGUCAUUAGAUUUUAUGGAGGCUUGGGCUGGAAUGGGCCCACAAAGUCCAGAUUAUGAAGAAUGGGGUAAGACUCUCCGGUCAACUUUUAAAGAUAAAUUCUUUCCCGAGUCAGACGAUCAGACAGGCUUAGCCUAUCUGAUCGCGAUCGAGAAAGAAAAAUGGGGUGACAAGAUUUAUCUAGAAGGGGAAUAUUACUUUGAAGGAUACUGGGAAGAGAUAGUAGAAACUUUCUCAAACAUUAGUAAGAAAUAUGAAGAUAUUGAAAAAGUUGAGCCUAAGUUAAGAAGGCGUUAUGCUGAGAAAGUGAGUGAAGCUUAUGGUGUUAUUAGAGAAGAAUAUUUGAAAGAUGCUGGUUAUGGUAAAGGAAGUUGGAGAAGACCAUUUGUUACACAUUUUACAGGUUGUCAACCAUGCAGUGGAAAGUAUAAUGAAAUGUACACUGCUGAUGCUUGUUGGAAUGGGAUGAAAAAAGCACUUAAUUUUGCUGAUAAUCAAGUUAUGCGUAAAUUUGGUUUUGUGCAUAAAGAUCUUGGGGAUAAUGGUGUUUCUUCUUUACCUUUUGAUUAUCCUCAACCAUGAUUAUGCUUCAUGACUAUGACUAUGACUAUGAUAUGAAUAUGAUCAUGACCCUUCAGGUAUAAUCUUUUAAUCAUAUUUUAAUAUGGGUCCAAUUAUUGGUGUGACCAAUGUCUAGUAAGAUUCUGUAUGAUGGAUGAUAAUAUGAUAUUGUGAAAUGUGAACAAGUGAUAUAUUUUAUUCUGCUUUUUUAUAAUAUUUUAAGGGAUCUUUUUUGGCGUAUUAGAGGUGGGGUUUUGGUAUAAAUACUAUUAGAUUAUGGAUUUGGUUUGUCAAUAUUUGCAUAUAUAAACUGGGGAUAAUUUUAUUAUUCCUCGAAUCCCUAGAUGUAUGAUGUUGUUGGUUGGUUUGUCUCUUAUUCUUGGAUAAUCCUGUCUUUUUGUCCUGUUUUUGUCAAAAGAAA